AUGGCCACAGCCGUGCUCCGCCGCCCACUGCUCGCCGCGCUCCUCCCCGGCGGCGCCGGGGCGUCCGGGCCUUCCUCCCGGUUCCGUCUCCGGCGACGUAGGUCCCCGCCUCCUUCGCGCGCGGUGUCUUCCGACUCCCCCAAACCCGUCGCCUCCACCUCCUCUUCCGCCGGCGGCGACAGCCCCGAGGAGGAGCCGCCUGUCCUGCCGCUCCUCCAGGAGCUCGCGGAUUGCUUGGCUCUUCCGCCUAAGUUCCUCGCUCAGCUCCCGCGCGACCUUCGUCUCGACCUCAAUGAUUCCGCGUUUGAUCUAUCCAAUGGGCCAGUCCUUGAUGAGUGUGGCCAAGAAGUGGGAGAUCUGCUCCUGAACCUGGCAAAAGCAUGGGAGUUGGCUGAUACAUCAACAUCAAAUAGCAUUGCCAAGCAGCUGCCGUCAAUGGAACCCUACUUAACGCGCAGCGCCAAAUCAGCGUUUGGAAAGCGGCUGGUGUCAGCUGGAAGGAGGUUUCAGUCAAUGGGGCAGUACGGCCAGGGAGAACUCAAGAAGAUUGCUGAAACAAUGAUCAAGAAUGGUAAGCUACUAUCGACACGCCCAGUGGUUCAAUCUGAUGUUCAGGCUAUGAAAGAAAAAAGGAGACUUAAGUUUGGAGAACUUGAGUUCGAAGUGACUGCUGAAAGUGCCAAUAUCGGUGCUGCAGUAGCGGCAAUUUUUGGAUUCAUCUCAUGGCAACUAGCACAAGGCGUGCAAAAUGUUCCUGACAGUACAAUGCAAUACGCAAAUGACAAGCCCAAGUCCAGAGCGGGCCCAGCCCAGUUCAUCCUCCACCUGCUCCGCCGGCCGCUCUUCUUCUCCCCUCCCUAUCCCCGGGGACCUCACAGGGUCUCAGCCACAUCCUCCUCCACUGCGCCUCUCCAUUGCUCCGUUCCAUCGCAUCUACCACGCCCAAACCCCUGCUCCCCCAGGAAGAUGGCUUCCCCCACCCAGGGCCAGGUCAUCACCUGCAAAGCGGCGGUGGCGUACGAGCCGAACAAGCCACUCGUGAUCGAGGACGUGCAGGUGGCGCCGCCGCAGGCCGGCGAGGUCCGCGUCAAGAUCCUCUUCACCGCGCUCUGCCACACCGACCACUACACCUGGAGCGGCAAGGAUCCUGAGGGUCUCUUUCCUUGCAUUCUUGGCCACGAAGCUGCCGGAGUUGUGGAAAGUGUCGGCGAAGGAGUAACUGAGGUGCAGCCUGGGGAUCAUGUCAUUCCUUGUUACCAGGCAGAAUGCAAAGAGUGCAAGUUUUGCAAGAGCGGAAAGACCAACCUCUGUGGUAAGGUUCGUGGUGCCACUGGCGUGGGUGUCAUGAUGAAUGAUAUGAAGAGCAGGUUCUCUGUAAAUGGAAAGCCCAUUUACCAUUUCAUGGGGACAUCAACAUUCAGCCAGUACACUGUGGUGCAUGAUGUCAGUGUUGCAAAGAUCAGCCCACAGGCACCCCUAGAUAAAGUCUGCCUGCUCGGUUGUGGUGUUCCUACUGGUCUUGGAGCAGUGUGGAAUACUGCAAAGGUUGAAGCUGGCUCUAUUGUUGCUGUUUUUGGCCUUGGCACAGUUGGACUUGCAGUUGCUGAGGGUGCAAAAGCUGCUGGUGCUUCUCGAAUUAUUGGCAUUGACAUUGACAAUAAAAAGUUUGACGUUGCAAAGAAAUUUGGAGUUACAGAAUUUGUUAACCCAAAAGACCAUGACAAACCGAUACAGCAGGUCUUAGUUGAUCUUACAGAUGGUGGCGUGGAUUACAGUUUUGAAUGCAUUGGAAAUGUUUCAGUUAUGAGGGCUGCACUGGAAUGCUGCCACAAGGGCUGGGGAACCUCUGUCAUCGUUGGUGUCGCUGCUUCUGGCCAGGAGAUUGCCACACGGCCAUUCCAGCUCGUUACUGGCCGUGUCUGGAAGGGAACAGCUUUCGGUGGCUUCAAGAGCCGAACCCAGGUCCCAUGGCUUGUUGAUAAGUACAUGAACAAGGAAAUUAAGGUGGACGAGUACAUUACCCACAACAUGAACCUGGCUGACAUCAACGAAGCUUUCCACCUGCUGCACGACGGUGGCUGUCUGCGUUGUGUGCUGGCAAUGCAAAUUUGA